CAGAAGCUCUAGAUUAGUGCUUCCUCGUAGCUGUCCUAGGAGCCCAUGUUGGCCAUUGGAGGUGUGCACAUGAAGGAUGAAGAAGGCUAGGCCCUGGGGCUGCUCUGGGUGCUCUUUGUUUCACGCAAGAACUCCAAGCUGCAACUAGACCAGCUGAGGAAAAGUACGCCCUAGCAGAGGGACAAACUCUGAGCUUGAGCUGUCCCUUCACCAUCUGGAAGUACUCAAACAGCUAGGCUUGACAGAAUCUGCAGAAUGGGGCUGACCCCCUGAUGCUGGCCCUCACAGAGAGUACCUCAAGGCAGCCUAGCCAAGCCCAAGUGGGGAGAUCCUGUCAUACUGUUCCACCCGGUCUGCCUGGUGGUGACCAGUGGUGAGUGGCCUAGGGGUGGAAGGUGGAAGAAGGAAGAGCCAGGCCAGGUGAAGAUGGGGCAGUGAUGGCAGCACCAGCAGAGCUGUGGCUUAAGAUUCCUAGCAGCCUAUCUUUCGCCCAGAAGGUUUUUGUCUUCAUUUGAGGUCCUUGACAGGCAUUUGGUCCAAUAAUCCUUCAGGUACUGCUGUCUCGCACAGGAAUCCCAUCCAGACCUUGGUGGAGACAGCCACCCUUCCUUUGACCACCACCACGACUCUGAGAAUACCCCUUCCCAAGACCAGGACUGUGACCCAACCACUGCCCAUGUCAACUGCCAUUGUCUCCUCUCCAGGAGACGUCACAAAUGUGGGGGGUGUCACUAGGGUUCUCAACUGCAAAGUAACUGCAGAGCCACUCAGGGAAGAAGAUAAACUUCCAUACAGGCCCGAGUCCUCUAACAGCUCGGAAGGGCUCUGAGAUGGCCAGCAGACAGAGAGUCCAGAAGCUGGAUAGAAUGGGGGCAACAGGGCUCUGGAGGUGGUCACGGCUGCUGCUGUUGCUGCUCUAUGUCUCAGGGUUCCAAGCAGUAAGCAUAAUGGAGAAGAAAGUGUGCCUAAUAGAAGGAAACAACCUAACGGAGAUCUGUCCUUACAACAUCAUGAAAUAUGCCUCCAGCCUGAAGGCCUGGCAGCGGGUGAGGAGCCAGGGCCCCCCUGAGACGCUGGUACGCACGAAGACCAGAAACACAGACAUAAAUCAAGCCCAGGCUGGAAGGUACCUGCUGGAGGAUUUUCCCACGGAAGCCGUUGUGAAGGUCACGGUGACAGGGCUGCAGAGGCAGGACAAGGGGCUGUACCAGUGUGUGAUUGACCUGUCUCCUCGGGACCCCGUCAUCCUGCAUGAUCGGAUUCGGCUUGUUCACUGUGAUGAUUCUUCAGGUACUACUGUCUUGAACAAGAAUCCCAUCCAGACCUUGGUGGAGACAACCACGCUUCCUUUGACCACCGCCACCAUGACCCCGAGAACCCCCCUUCUUAGGCCCAGGACUGUUACCAAACCACUGUCCACGUCAACUGCCAUUUUCUCCUCUCCUGGUCUCAGAAACAACUUCACAAAUGUGGGGGAUGUCACCAGAGUAUGACACCUCAGAGGGACAGACCGGUUGAUCUCUUUACUUCGCCAUCUCCAUCCUACAGCUGCAGCUUCUGAUGCCUCCAAGAUUGGAGCAGUGGAAGGGAGACGUGCAAGGAAGCAGGGAAGGUCUUACCUGAUGGGUACUGCUACGAUGGUCGCUCGGUUUAAAGCUGACUUUCCUUCAUCGGGCACUGUCGUGAGUUCUUCAGAGUACCCUGGUCUCUCACCUGCAGUUUUCUUGACACAAGAAAUUGCAUCACCUUUUAUCUGGCUGGUUGCUUCUGACUCCUUCAGUCUCCAGAGAUCUUGCAGUCCACCUCUAGCUUCCUUCCAUGAGGUCCCUCUGCCUCGAGGCAACCCUUUGGGACAGGAUCUAAGAGAGCCCAUGCUGGCUCUCUCACCUAUGUGCAGCACAACGUAUGUUCCAUGGAAAACACUCAUCCAACUCAUUCACCCCAACAAACUCAUGGAGUUCUGGUGUGUACCCGUGUAGACACCUCCCCUUCACUCCAUGAUCAAAGCACCUAGCCAACUGCAGUCUCUGCUCUCUAUAGUUCUCACACCGGAGUUAAUCAUCUGUCCAUUAUGUCUCUUAUAUUGUAGGCGACACAUACUAAGCUCUUCAAGUUGUGAUCUUGAAGCACUUCUCCCUGUGGGUGAAGUCAGGAGCAGAUAUACACUUUCUCGGGGAGGGGAGUGUCACAGCACACCAACAACUAUCUCCAUAAAUCCACCUCUAAUCUCAAACUAGGAGCACUGUGGCUCAGUGGUCAAGUGCUCCACAGCUAACCGAAAGGUUGGUAGUUUGAACCCAUUAGUCGUUGCGCAGAAGAAAGAUGUGACAGUCUGCUUCUGUAAAGAUUUAUAGCCUUGGAAAGCCUAUAAGGCAUUUUUACUCCUGUUCUAUAGGGUUGCUAUGAAUCAGAAUCGACUCAACAGCAACGAGUAAUCUGAAACUUCCCACAAUUUUGUACCCUUGCUGUGGGUGAGAGAUUAAAGGCAAUAAAAAGGUUUUAAACACACUGUUUGUAAGUCCUGCACAACGGUCUCCCACCUCACUCUAGAAUAUGACACCUAUUUUCUUGGGACCUGUAUCUGUCCAGGUUCAGGUGCAAACAACAAAAUCCAAUAUACCUAUCUUAAGUAGAAAGGGGUUUCAUAUAUAUACCAUAUUAAACGGUUUACAGAAUUAGAUCCUACUCAGAGCUUCUGGGAAUGCCUUGCAAAGCCACACCACUGGAUGCAGUCACUACGGGGACUACUACUCUUGCCACAGUCAGGAACCUGAAGAAUCAGAAAACUGUUUAAAUCAGGAAACUGCCAGCGCAGCUUCUGGCUCCAGACCCAUUCCGUCUAGGCCAACAUAUAUAUCAGCAAAAUGGAUGCCGUUUUCCCCUCUCAACUCAGUUCCAAAUUUCAGUCUCAUAUUAAUCCGUUUGAGCCUAAGUUAUAUCUGGAACCCUAGCUGCAAGGGAGUUUGAGUAAUGGUUUUUAAUUUUCCAAAUCUUUUAAUAUAGCAACGCCCAAGAGAAGGAGGUGAGAGUGGAAGCCGAAUGAGCAAAUCCAUAGCAUCUGCCCAAACAGUUUCAGCCAAAACUGAGAUUAAAAUAGUCUAAAAUUUAAAUUUAUUUCUUCACAGUCAUUGCAAGAAAAUAUAGUUGACAAGUGAAAAAAUAAAAUCCACAUUUUGCUUUGUUAUGCUAAAUACAUCCUUUUGUCUAUUAUAAAAGUCAUGUUAUAAUGAAACAUUCCUAUUUAUCAAAAUCAAUGCUUUAAAUAUUAUGUGUUAUACAUUACACUGGACAAUGAAUAAGGAAGACCAAAGAAGAACUGACACCUUUGAACUGUGGUGUUAGCAAAGAAUAUUGAAUAUACCGCGGACUGCCAAAAGAAU